UUUUGCAUCCGUCGUGUGAUCACGUGAAAUAUUUUAAAAAAAUAAAACCAUUCCGCCCCACGCCGAAUGGUCGUUUUGAUUCUUGAAAUACGCGCGAAAACUCGUUUUUGAAACUUGCCGCCGCCGCCAUGACGGAAUCACCCGACUCGCAGCGCCGCCGGGAAGAAUGCGAGCGGAAGGCCCGCCGGGGUGAGAUGGACCCCCGGCUGGAGUUUACGUUCCAGCUGCUGAUGGACGCCACCGGGCUGCCCCGCCAUCAGAUCAUGGACCACAUCUUCGAGGGGAACAUGCUGGACGAGAUCAACCAGCUGUUCCUGCCGAACAUGCGCAACAAGUUGAUGUGGUUCUACCAGGAGGUAGACGAGGUGGACAUGCCGGCCGAACGGGACAUCAACAAGCCGGGACCGUCCCGGGCGGGGGCGUCCAGUUCUUCGAAAACGCCGCAGGGUGCGUCGGGUGGCGCCCACAACAGGCCCCACAAGCUGUUCAUCACGGACGGGUGGAGCUGCGCCUUCACCGGAAUCUGCAUCUACAUGUUUCGCAUCAACAUCCAGAAACAGUUGCCCGAGGAGGGCUUCCACAAGGAUUUGUACUGCGGCUACAUCGACGCCAACAGGGUGGGCCUCGUGACGUCAAUCGAGCGUAUCGUCGAGUUUGUGUUCAUGCAAGCUCUGGCCUAUCCCAACAUCGAAUCCGAAGAUGAAGACAUGAGCUGCAAUCUGAUCAAGUCUCAGUUGCUUCCGGGAUUGCGCUCAUUUUGCAGUGCCCUGCGCGUUUGCGAGCAGGUCUGCAAUCAUUUUAACGUGUUUGAUGAUGGGAAGAACAUCGUGUGCCGCGUCGACACCCUGGCCGAGGUGCGCGAGAUGUCCAAGAGUGCGUCCAUCUGCGCCGAGCUGGAGGAGCGCGUCAACAACUGGAUCAAGGGCAUCGCCAAAAUCCUGAUGGAGAGCGAGCAGCUCCGGCGGGAGAAUGACUCCAGCGGACCCCAGGACGAGCUGGAGUACUGGAAGCGUCGCGGAGCGCAGUUUUCCCAGCUGUUGUCGCACUUGCAGGAACGCGAGGUUCAGUGGACGUUGUACUGCUUGUCGCAGUCGGGCUCAAAAGUGUUGAAGCAAUGGAAAGAGACCGACAAAAAAAUUACCUUUUGCUACAAUGAAGCCCGCGAUAAUUCCAAAUUUAUCCAAGCCAUGGAGGCUUGCUGUCAUUCGCUCUACCUGGACGAUCCGGUCAAUAUGAAAGAGUCGAUCGUUAGUCUUCUCCAAACUGUUCGAUUGAUUUAUAGCGUGUCGCAAUUCUACAACACUUCUGAGCGCACGUCCACUCUGAUGGUAAAAAUUACCAAUCAGAUGAUUGAAACCUGCAAGUCGUAUAUCACAUGCCGAGGCAAGGAAACCAUCUGGACCCAGGAUCGGGACCUGGUACGCACCAAACUUACCAACUGUUUGAAGCUCAACCACAUCUAUCGAGAAACGUACCACGCCGUCAAGUCGCAACCAUUCCUGCCCGAUCAGAUACCGUUUGCCUUCUCCGAGAAUUACGUAUUUGGAAAGUUUGACACCUUCUGCGACCGCCUGUCGAAGAUUAUCUCCAUGUUUAGUCUGAUUGACGACUACAACCACCUGUUCGAGAGACGCCUGGAGGGUCUGCUUCUAGGCGAGGCCCUUGAAGAUGCAAUGAACACCUUUGACGAAGCCCGAGUCGAAAUUAUCAUGAAAAAAUAUGACUAUCUGGACCAACGGAACCUGGACUUCAACAACGAUUUCCAAGUGUUCAUGCAGAAAACGGACACCCUAAAGGAGACCAUAGCGUCGAUGAUCGAACACAACUUUGACAGCGUCUGGGAGACCCCGCAGGGAAUUCGCUUUCUGGUGCGAUUCGAGAAAGUCAGCGAAAAGAUCCCGCUGAGCACGAUGGACGAAAAGUACCAACGAGUGUCCAAGUAUUGCGAGAAGGAGAUCGAUCGUAUCCUGAAGCUAUUCCGCAAGCAGCGAGAUGAUCCACCGCUGCCGCGUAACUUCCCUCCAAUCGCUGGACGUAUCAAGUGGUGUCGCUCACUGGAGUACCAUCUGGUUGAGCUGGUGACCACCGUCACGACACACCCAGUGCUGGCGGCCCUCCCAUCGACCAAAGACAUCGAGAAUCGAUUUGGCUCGGCAAAGAUAAUACUAACAGAGUAUGAGCAAGAAAUGACGCAAAUUUGGCUCAGCCAGGAUGUUAGCGUGGCGGAUGCUUGUCUGGUGCAGCCUAUCCUGGCACUGCAGGGGGACAGGCUCGUUGUCAACUUGCAUCCCACCAUUCCGUUGCUCAUCCGGGAAAGCAAAUGUAUGGCCAAAAUGAAGAUCGAUCUGCCCAUCGUGGCCGCCACGUUACUGUGUAAACAAAACCAUUUCAAUACCAUUCAAGAUUCUCUCAACAGCCUUAUCAAGAUGUUUUUGAACACCAUAAAGAAGGUAAAGCUAGAAGUGCGACCGCUGCUGCUGCCUCAGUUGGUUCGACUGACGGCUAUGAUGAAACCCGGACUCAAGUCCAUCAACUGGACCAGUCCGAGAUGGAUCGAGUUCUUCGAUAACUGCAAGGAGGCAAUUGAAACGUUCGACGUGCUGGUGGCUCGUGUACACGACAUAUACUCCAACCGGAUCCUGCACGUGCUGACAUCGAUGCAGGACAUCCAGCUGCAAUCGUUGCCCAACGACGACGAAAUGUGGACCGUGGAGGAGUUUCUGGACUACACGGAGGAAACUUGUCGCCAGGCUGCCAUCGAGCUAAAUCGCAAAAGUCAAAUGGUGGAGGAAGCCGUCGAGGAAGUUUUGGAUUUGGUGCAUCGAGCGUCGCAAAUUUUCAAGCGAAUGGUCGGAGCCGAGAAUGACUUUUUCGUGGACGAAGACAAGAAACCGUCGGAGAAGUCAACCCCUACACCGGAGGCGGAUAACGAUGACGGGAAUGGUCAGCAGCAGGAUUGGAGCAUUUUGUGGUCCUGUUUCGAGAAUCCUUUGCAGCUGCUGUCGCACCAUGGGGGAGGUCUACCGAAAGGGAUGCAGGACAUGGUGUUCAACGCGGUGUCGGAGAUGCGACGGUACUAUAGUCGAAAGGUGAUCGAUGUCCUGAUACGAGUGACCCGAACUUCGUUGGAUUGUCUGCGACGCAGGUUUAUUGAGGUGGAGGGAGAGGACCUCCCGAGGAAACCGAUCUUUAUCCUGCAAUCACUACUGAUGAUUCCAAACGUGACGAUUAGACCGAACUUAGAGGAGCUGCAGGAAGCGUUGUCUAUUGCCGGCAAACAGAUUACCGGUGUAUCCAAGGGCGUUGCCCAGUGGAACACCGGAAAGGAUAUUGACGAUAAACCAAGGCCUUCGGCUGCCGCUCUGGCUUCGGCAGCCACUGCAGCUAAGUUAGCCAAAGCUAACGCUGCUGCUCUGGAUGAGAAGUCGCGGCGACGCAAAAUGUAUCGGCUCAAAUCGGAGGAGAAGCAAAAAAUGGUCCACAUGACCAAGAGUUUCUACAGCUACGUCAUGGACAACAAGGAGGUGGUCAAGACGCUGUCGCUACUGUCCAGCUGCAUCCGAAACAUGAAACCUGAGCUGCAAAUGUUUGUGGAAAAAUGGAAACCGUAUCACUUUUUGUGGAAGAAUGACAAAACUAUAAGACAACUUCUGGAGAACACGUUGCUGGAGUUCGAGAGUACAUUGCGUCGCUUGGUAGAACUGGACGUUAAUUUGACGGUCGAACCGGACAUGCAAUACUUUGGCCAAAGUAUUGCGCUUUCAACGGAAAAGUUGAAGUUUGGGUUGACUAUUGAAAUUAAGUCCUGUACUCAUAAGCUAGGGCAGGCGAUGAAGAAAAAGUACAAACGUGAGAUGGACUACGUGUACGCGGUGAUCAACGAAAUGGACCGCAAGCUAGACCGGCAGAUUCGUGACCUGGACGAUGUGCGCACCGUGAUGGACACACUGAGCAAGAUCCGCGAACAAGAGGUCGAUAUGGAGCUGAAAAUCGAACCAAUCGAAGACGCGUUCAAUAUGAUGCACAAGUACGAAAUCCAGGUCGAUCGCGAACAGAUGGACCAGGUUGAUAAUCUGCGCUACACUUGGGUGCGUUUGCAGUCCCGCGCCAAAGAGGUGCACUGUAAACUUCUCGAGAUGCAGCCAGAUUUUCAGAGCGACCUUCGAGCCAACUUGGAGAAGUUCAAACAGGACAAGUUGGACUACGUUUCCGAGUACAGGGUUGCUGGUCCAAUGGAACCGGGGCUAACGCCCCGCGAAGCUUCCGACAAACUGUUGCUCUUCCAAAAUCGCUUCGAUGGAAUGUGGAGAAAGCUCCAGACUUAUCAGAGUGGCGAGGAAUUGUUUGGUUUGCCUCAAUCAGACUAUCCUGAACUUGGCCAGAUCAAGAAGGAGCUGAACUUGCUACAGAAGUUGUACAAGCUUUACAACGAUGUCAUUGAUCGGGUCAGCAGCUACUAUGAUAUUCCUUGGAGUGAUGUCGACAUCGAAGAGAUAAACAACGAGUUGAUGGAAUUCCAGAAUCGUUGCCGCAAGCUACCAAAGGGCCUCAAGGAGUGGCCCGCCUUUUACGCCCUCAAACGAACAAUUGAUGACUUCAAUGACAUGUGUCCAUUGCUUGAGCUUAUGGCAAAUCGAGCGAUGAAACCACGUCAUUGGCAGAGAAUCAUGGAGGUGACAAAGUACACUUUCGAGUUUGACAGCGAAGGUUUUACGCUGAAGCACAUUCUGGAAGCGCCCCUGCUGAAGCACAAGGAGGACAUCGAAGACAUUUGCAUCUCGGCAAUGAAAGAGAAAGAUAUUGAAGCGAAACUGAAGCAAGUUACGAACGAAUGGUCUGCCCACGAGCUUAGCUUUAUGACGUUCAACAACAGAGGCGAGUUGUUGUUACGUGGUGACACGACGGCAGAGACCAUUGGACAGCUGGAGGACAGCCUGAUGGUGCUGAGCUCCCUGCUAUCGAAUCGAUACAACGCACCGUUCCGUAAGCAGAUCCAGCAGUGGGUCUACGAUUUGUCCAACUCGAACGACAUCUUGGAACGAUGGCUGCUGGUGCAGAACAUGUGGGUUUACUUGGAGGCCGUAUUCGUCGGAGGUGACAUUGCCAAGCAGCUGCCGAAAGAGGCAAAGAGAUUUUCCAAGAUCGACAAGUCGUGGCAGAAGAUUAUGCAACGAGCUCACGAAACCCCAGGCGUGGUUGCGUGCUGCGUUGGAGACGAUUUGCUGAAGCAACUUCUCCCACAUCUACAAGAACAGCUAGAACUGUGUCAGAAAUCUCUGAGUGGUUACCUGGAGAAAAAACGAAUGAUGUUUCCGCGAUUUUUCUUCGUUUCCGAUCCUGCACUGUUGGAGAUUCUCGGACAAGCAUCCGACUCCCACACCAUACAGAACCACUUACUGUCAAUAUUCGACAACACGCGUUUUGUGAAAUUCCACGACAUCGAGUACAACAAAAUGAUGGCUAUUACUUCCUCAGAAGGCGAGCAGAUUCCGCUGGAUCGAGCAAUUCGAGCAGAAGGUUCAGUCGAAACGUGGCUCACGUCUUUACUGCAGUCAAUGCAGCAAUCGCUGCAUUCCAUCAUACGCCAGGCGUACGCAUUGAUGAAUGAUCCCAACUUUACCCUGCUAUCGUUCCUGGAGAAGCUGCCGGCACAAGUUGGUUUGCUAGGCAUCCAAAUGAUAUGGACCAGAGAUGCUGAAAUGGCUCUAAUGCAGGCGCGUCACGAAAAGAAAGUCAUGUCUGAGACGAACAACAAGUUCCUGGAACUUUUGAACACGCUGAUUGAUCAGACAACCAGAGACCUGCUCAAGAUUGAGAGAACCAAGUUUGAAACGCUAAUUACGAUUCACGUUCACCAGCGGGACAUCUUUGAUAUACUGUGCAGAAUGAACAUCCGAUCGUCCAACGAUUUUGAAUGGUUGAAGCAGUGUCGCUUUUACUUCAAAGAAGACGUAGACAAGACAUGGAUCAACAUCACCGACGUUACGUUCGUCUACCAGAAUGAAUACUUGGGAUGCACAGAUCGGCUGGUUAUCACGCCGCUCACGGAUAGAUGCUACAUAACGCUGGCACAGGCACUGGCAUUGAGCAUGGGUGGAAGUCCAUGUGGACCUGCCGGCACGGGCAAGACCGAAACUGUCAAAGAUAUGGGCAAAACGCUGGCCAAAUACGUCGUAGUCUUCAAUUGCUCAGAUCAAAUGGAUUAUCGUGGAUUGGGAAGGAUAUAUAAAGGACUGGCCCAGUCAGGUUCGUGGGGAUGUUUUGACGAGUUCAACCGUAUUGAGUUGCCCGUGCUGUCUGUUGCGGCCCAGCAAGUGGCGGUUAUUCUAACCGCCAGGAAGGAGAAGAAGAAGCGCUUCAUCUUCACGGACGGAGAUGAUAUCGAAAUGAACAUGGAGUUUGGUGUUUUCAUCACCAUGAAUCCCGGAUAUGCCGGUCGAAAGGAAUUGCCUGAAAAUUUGAAAAUCCAGUUCCGAACUGUUGCCAUGAUGGUACCAGACCGACAGAUCAUCAUCCGUGUUAAACUAGCAUCUUGCGGUUUCCUGGAGAACAUCACAUUGGCGCGAAAGUUCUACACUCUGUACAAACUCUGUGAGGAACAGCUUACCAAACAGGUACACUACGAUUUCGGGCUGCGGAACAUCCUUUCGGUUCUACGAACCCUGGGAGCUGCAAAACGUGUCAACCACAAAGAUAGUGAAAGUACCAUUGUGAUGAGAGUGUUGAGAGAUAUGAAUCUCUCCAAGCUAAUCGAUGAAGAUGAACCUCUGUUUAUGUCACUCGUGUCCGAUCUGUUUCCCAACCAGACGUUGGAGAAAACCAGUUACGGUGACUUGGAGACCGCAAUUGCGUACCAGGUCGAGCAGGCCGGUCUCAUAUACCAUGCGCCGUGGGUGCUGAAGCUGAUUCAGCUCUACGAGACCCAACAGGUGCGACAUGGAAUUAUGGCCCUAGGGCCACCGGGGGCCGGCAAGACCUGCUGCAUUAGAAUCCUGAUGAAGGCGCUGACCGACAUCGGACUUACGCACAAAGAGAUGCGCAUGAACCCGAAGGCCAUUACUGCAGCCCAAAUGUUUGGUCGACUUGAUGUGGCUACCAACGAUUGGACCGACGGUAUCUUCUCUGCACUCUGGAGAAAAACAUUGAAAGCAAAGAAAGGAGAAUAUACCUGGCUGGUACUCGAUGGACCCGUUGACAGUAUCUGGAUUGAAAACCUCAACUCGGUGCUCGACGACAACAAGACGCUUACCCUCGCCAACGGGGAUCGACUGUCGAUGGCACCGACCUGUAAGAUUAUAUUUGAACCACACAACAUUGACAACGCAUCACCGGCGACCGUGUCUCGCAACGGCAUGGUGUACAUGAGCUCUUCUGGAUUGGACUGGAAACCAAUUUUGCAAGCAUGGUUGAAAACGCGCAGCCCCCAAGAGAAGAGGGUAUUCAACGAACUGUUUGACAGUACUUUUCUCAAAAUUUACACCUGGACCACGCAAAACCUGAUGCUGAUGAUGGAGGUGCUGCAGUGUAACUUCAUACAGCAGAUGAUUUAUCUGCUAGAUGGUUUGGUUCCAGUACUAAGCGAUAACGAGCAGGAAGCGGUAGCAUCGACCACUGGAAGUCUCGACGGUAAGUAUGUUCAAAUUAAUCCUCAUGGAUAUAUGCUUGAUUAUUCGUGGUAUUCGCCAGAUGACGUGAACGAUGAUGAGGCGCCAAAGGUCAUGGACGAGGCCUGUACGCCGGAGCACUUGUAUCGGCUUUAUGUAUUUGCACUGGCGUGGGGUAUAGGAGCGUACCUCAACUCAGCGGACCGUCUAAAGUUGGAUGCCCAUACCAAGAAGAAUUAUCGCAAUCUGGAUUUUCCAUCUUCGGACGAGAAACCAGACUCGACGAUAUUCGAUUUUUUCGUGUCACCAAUGGGCAGUUGGCAGUUGUGGAAAACUCUAGUUGUACCCUACGUCUAUCCGGAGUUCUCUACUCCGGACUAUUUGAGCAUUUUGAUUCCGAUUGUGGACAAUGUGCGAAUUGAUUAUUUGAUCAAUGUGAUCGUAAAGCAAGAGAAAGCUGUUUUGCUGAUUGGGGAGCAGGGAACGGCCAAAACCGUUAUCAUGAAGAGCUUCAUGAAGAAGCUGAACACGGAUACACACAUGGGGCGUUCGUUUAAUUUCUCGUCUGCGACCAGCCCGUACCAUUUCCAGAAAACCAUCGAAAGUUACGUCGAGAAGCGGAUGGGUAACAUGUUUGGCCCGGGUGGGGGUCGUAAGCUGUUGGUGUUCAUAGACGACAUCAACAUGCCGCAGAUCAACGAGUGGGGCGAUCAGAUAACAAACGAAAUCGUUCGACAAACGAUGGACAUGCGAGGAUUCUACAGCUUGGAGAAACCUGGAGAAUUCACCAACAUAAUUGACGUGCAGUUUGCUGGGGCGAUGGGACUGCCGGGAGGUGGUCGGAGUGACAUACCAGCUCGAUUGAAGCGACAGUUCAGUGUUUUUAAUUGCAACAUUCCGGAUAAUACAUCGAUAGAUACGAUCUUUAAAACGCUUGGUGAGGGACACUACAACGUGAAGCGAGGAUUCUCGCUUGAGGUGCGCAAGCUCGUGAAGAAACUUGUCCCGCUGACUCGAGUCCUUUGGCAGCACACCAGAGAACAUCUGUUGCCUACGCCAGCCAAGUUCCACUACGUUUUCAGCUUGAGAGAUCUGUCAAGAAUUUGGCAAGGAAUGAUCGGAACCUUGUCGACUGUGAUCACGUCGGAGUCGGUGCUCAUAAUGCUGUGGAAGAACGAAUGCUCACGAGUUUUUGCCGAUCGUUUUGUAUCGCUGUCAGACACGGAAUGGUUCUUGGAAGAGAUGUUCAAAGUUUUGGAAACCGAUUUGGGUCCAGAAUACCGGGAAAUGGCCGUGCCAAGUCCGGUGUUUGUAGACUUUAUGCGAGACGCUCCAGAGCCAACUGGAGAGGAAGGAGAGGAAACUGAUAUGGAAUUGCCCAAGGUUUACGAACCUGUUUCGGACUUUAGUAUCCUGCGCGACCGUUUGAAAAUGUUUUUGCUGCAAUUCAACGAGAUGAUUCGAGGCACCGGGAUGGAUUUGGUGUUCUUCCCUGAUGCAAUGUUGCAUUUGGUGAAAAUAUCGAGAAUCAUCCGUCAUCCGAGAGGAAACGUUAUGCUCGUUGGCGUGGGUGGCUCCGGGAAGCAAUCUUUAACCAAAUUAGCUUCGUUUAUCGCUGGCUACAAAACUUUCCAGAUCAGUUUAACACGCUCCUACAACGUAGCCAACUUUCUUGAAGAUCUGAAACUCCUGUACAGAUCGUGUGGUGUUCAAGGCAAAGGAACGACUUUCCUGUUCACCGAUCUGGAUGUUAAAGAGGAGAGCUUCCUCGAAUACCUGAACAAUAUUCUCUCAUCGGGCGUGAUUUCGAACCUUUUCAAUCGAGAUGAGCAAACUGAGAUUGUCUCAGAACUAACACCAACAAUGAAGCGGGAGAACCAAAAGAAGAACGUGACACAGGAAACCGUCAUGGAGUACUUCCUCCAACGUGUUUGUCACCAUCUCCAUGUGGUCUUCUGCUUCUCCCCAGUUGGCGAAACCUUCCGACGUAGAAUUAUGCGGUUCCCGGCACUGGUAAGCGGUUGCACAGUUGACUGGUUUCAGCCGUGGCCGAAGGAUGCGUUGGUUGCAGUUGCUCGGCAUUUUUUGACCGACUUUUCGAUUGAGUGCUCGCCAGAAGUCAAGGAUGAGUUAGUACAUGCUCUGGGAACAAUACAGGAUAUAGUUUCAAUGACGUCGACGGAAUACUAUCAGAGAUUCCGCCGGGCAACACAUGUCACUCCAAAGUCAUACUUGAAUUUUAUUGCUGGGUACAAGAACAUCUACACCCAGAAACACAAGGAGUUGUGCGACGGGGCGGAGAAGAUGGACACUGGUUUGGAAAAACUAGCCGAAGCAUCCGAAUCGGUAGAGAUACUAAAGAUUGAGCUUGCCGUCAUGGAGAAAGACCUGGUCGAAGCGUCCGCCAAAGCGGAGCGGGUGCUGGUGGAGGUAACGGAGCGCGCGAUGCAAGCGGAAAUAUUCAAGAACCAGGUACAGGUGGUAAAGGAAAAAGCUGAAGCCCUGGUACAAAACAUUGCCCAGGAGAAAGGAUUUGCGGAGGAAAAGCUGGAAGCCGCCAAGCCAGCGCUCGAGGAAGCCGAAGCGGCCCUGAACACGAUCAAGCCAGCUCACAUCGCGACCGUUCGAAAGCUCGGACGGCCACCCCAUCUAAUUAUGCGUAUCAUGGAUUCUGUUUUAAUUAUGUUCCAACGAAAACUUCACCCAGUAAUUGCCGACACUAGCGCUCCUUCUCCGAAACCCUCGUGGCAGGAAUCACUAAAAAUGAUGGCUAGCACGACGUUUUUGCUGCAGUUACAAAACUAUCCCAAAGAUACCAUAAAUGACGAAAUGAUAGAGCAUUUACAGCCAUAUUUUAGGAUGGAGGACUACAACAUGGACACCGCUAGAAGAGUUUGUGGCGACGUUGCAGGAUUACUAUCUUGGACUAAAGCCAUGGCAUUCUUCCAUGGGGUGAACAAAGAAGUACUACCUUUAAAAUCAAACCUAAUGCUCCAGGAGGCUCGCCUCAAGAUUGCGAUGGAUGAUUUAGCCGCUGCCGAAGAUCAGCUGGCAGAACGGGAAAAUGCCUUGCAGAAGGUCAAGGAUCAGUACGAUGCAGCCGUUUCAGAGAAGCAGCGACUGACAGAUGCGGCAAAUAGUUGUUUGCGGAAGAUGACUGCGGCUACGGCGCUGAUCAACGGACUCGGUGGUGAGAAGGCACGUUGGACUCAACAAAGUAAAGAAUUCAAAAUCCAGCUCGGCAAACUGGUUGGGGAUGUUCUGCUGGCAACGGGAUUCCUAUCGUACUGUGGCCCGUACAACCAAGAGUUCAGGGGCACGCUGUUUAAAACCUGGAUGGACAUCUUGAAAAAUCGAACCAUACCGUAUACGACAGGACUAAGUAUCAUCGGAAUGUUGACGGACUCUGCAACCAUUUCGGAGUGGAAUCUUCAGGGUCUACCGAACGACGAACUGUCCAUACAAAAUGCACUCAUCGUGACCAAAUCGAGCAGCUAUCCGUUGCUGAUUGAUCCUCAAAGCCAGGGCAAGAUCUGGAUCAAAUGCAAGGAGGAUCAGAACGAGCUACAGAUCACCUCACUGAACCACAAGUACUUCAGAACACAUCUGGAAGACAGCCUGUCGCUGGGACGACCGUUGUUGAUUGAGGACGUGGGAACGGAACUGGAUCCCGUGAUUGACAAUGUGCUGGAGAAAAACUUUAUCAAAUCUGGCUCGAUGGAGAAGGUGUUGGUGGGCGAUAAGGAGUGUGACGUGAUGCCAGGAUUUAUGUUGUACAUCACGACGAAGCUGCCGAACCCUCCGUUCAGUCCGGAAAUCAGUUCCAAGACUUCGAUUAUUGAUUUCACCGUAACCAUGCGCGGUUUGGAGGAUCAAUUGCUUGGUCGGGUGAUAUUGAUGGAAAAGGCUGACCUGGAGGCAGAGCGGGUGCAGCUGUUUGAAAGUGUCAUGAAGAAUCAACGGAGCAUGAAGGAACUGGAGGCGAAUUUGCUGCUACGUCUGACGUCCACCGAGGGUUCGCUGGUAGACGAUGAAGCGCUGAUUGAGGUUCUGCAGGAAACGAAAACAACAGCGGAGGACGUGAACCAAAAGUUGAAGAUUGCGGAAGUUACCGAGAAGAAGAUUAUGGUGGCACGCGAGGAGUUCCGAGCCGUUGCCGCAAGAGGAUCGAUUCUGUACUUCCUGAUUGUGGAAAUGUCCAACGUCAAUGUUAUGUACCAAAAUUCUUUGAAGCAAUUUUUAAUUAUUUUUGACAAUUCUAUUACAAAAUCCACCAAAAGCAACGUUACAGAAGAGCGGAUUGGUAUAAUAUUGAGAUAUCUAACGUAUGAGGUGUGGGCUUUCACCAGCCGUAGUUUGUAUGAGAGACACAAACAGUUGUUUACGCUGAUGCUGGCGAUCAAAAUUGACUACCAGAAGGGAACAAUAAGUCACGAUGAAUUCAUGGCGUUCGUAAAGGGAGGUGCAUCGUUGGAUUUGAACGCCGUUGUUGCGAAACCGUUCCGUUGGAUUUUGGAUAUCACCUGGUUGAAUUUGGUAGAAAUCAGCAAGUUGAAAACAUUCCACGGAAUUCUCAAAAAGAUCGAGUACAACGAGCGUGAUUGGAAACAAUGGUACGAAACAGAACGUCCAGAGCUGGAAGUGAUUCCCUGUGAUUACGAGAACGAGCUGGAUGUGUUUCGGAAGUUGCUCCUGAUUCGCUCUUGGAGUCCAGAUCGCACAAUUUCGCAAGCAAGGCGAUAUAUAGAAGUGUCUUUGGGGAAGGAGUACGGAGAAAUGCACAUUUUGGAUUUGGAACUGACGUGGACGGAGUCGGAGCCGAGGACACCGUUGGUGUGCAUCCUUUCGAUAGGAUCGGAUCCAACUGUACAAAUUUCAGCGCUGGCAAAGACGAAGGGAAUUGUUCUGAAGACAGUUUCCAUGGGACAGGGCCAGGAAUACCAUGCCCGGAAACUGAUGACGGAUUGCAUGGCUGGGGGAGGAUGGCUGCUGUUACAGAAUGUGCACCUGUCGCUUACUUUUUGUAACGAGAUCAUAGACAUUUUGAUUGAAACUGAGCACGUGGCUGAGACGUUCCGUCUGUGGGUAACCACGGAGACCCACGAGCACUUCCCGAUUGGAUUGCUUCAAAUGGCGAUCAAGUUCACAAAUGAACCACCGCAAGGAAUCCGAGCUAGUUUGAAGCGAAGUUAUCAAACCUACACGCAGGACUAUUUGGACUAUACGUCUGCACCUCAGUGGCCACCGCUGCUGUAUACGGUGGCAUUCCUCCACUGUGUCGUCCAAGAACGGAGAAAGUUUGGACCACUUGGGUGGAACAUACCGUACGAGUUCAAUGCAGCCGAUUUCUCCGCCAGCGUGCAGUUUAUCCAGAACCAUCUGGAUGAAAUGGAUCCGAAAAAAGGCGUGUCCUGGCAAACCCUGUGCUAUAUGCUGGGGGAGGUUAUGUACGGCGGACGCGUCACCGAUGACUUUGACAAACGUCUGCUGACCACGUUCACCCAGGUUUGGUUUUCGGAGCAUUUGCUAACACCAAGUUUUGAGUUUUACAAGGGUUACCGGGUGCCAAACUCGCGUAACAUCCAAACCUACGUCGACUACAUCAACCAGUUGCCCCCGACGGACACGCCGGAAGUGUUUGGACUGCAUCCCAACGCCGACAUUACGUACCAGAUCAACACGGCAAAGGGCAUCCUGGACACCAUCCUGAGCGUACAGCCCAAGGAAGGUGGCGGCGGUGGUGGUGAAACCAGGGAGUCCAUCGUGUGCCAACUGGCCAACGAUAUGCUCCGGAAGCUGCCCCCGCAGUACGUGGCAUUCGAGGUGAAGGAAUCGUUGAACCGGAUGGGAGCGCUGCUACCCAUGAACAUUUUCUUAAGACAGGAAAUUGACCGCAUGCAGCGCGUCAUCAACACGGUUUACACGAACCUGUGUGACCUGAAGCUGGCCAUCGAUGGGACGAUUAUCAUGAGUAACUAUCUGCGCCAUGCCUUGGACGCGAUGUACGAUGCUCGGAUUCCGGAAAAAUGGCAGAAGAUUUCAUGGGAGUCUACGACGCUUGGAUUCUGGUACACGGAACUACUGGAGCGAAAUCAACAGUUUAGAGUUUGGAUUAACAACGAUCGUCCCAAGGUAUUCUGGAUGACGGGAUUCUUCAAUACACAAGGAUUUUUAACUGCAAUGAGACAGGAAGUGACACGUGCUCACAAAGGUUGGGCGCUGGAUUCGGUAGUGCUGCAGAACCAGAUAACCCGUUACAACAAGGAGGACAUCCACGACGCCCCCCAGGAAGGCGUUUACGUGAGUGGUCUGUUCUUGGAGGGAGCUUCGUUGGACCGCCGCAGUGGCAAGCUGAUCGAGUCGAAGGCCAAGAUUCUGUACGAGCAGAUGCCGGUGAUUUACAUCUACGCGAUCAACACCACCGCCGGCAAGGAUCCGAGGCUGUACGAGUGUCCGAUCUACCGCAAGCCCCAGCGAACCGACCAGAAGUACGUCGGGUCGAUCGACUUUGAGACGGAUUUUAACCCGCGGCACUGGACACUGCGCGGUGUGGCACUGCUCUGUGAUAUCAAAUAAUGGGUUGAUUUUAAUAAAGUACAUGCACUUGUUUCUCUAUAUUGUAUUUUUUGCACAUAAAAGACUUGUUGUGUUUGAACUUCUAGAUACCAAACAAAUGAACAGAAGAGAUUUAUAAACAAAAUAAAACCUGUAGUAAAAUAAAAUAAUACGCGGGAAAAAUUAACCACCCGGACAAAAA